AUGUCCAUUGUCUCCACGGCCGACUUUGUUUCCUCUAGCAACAGCGAACUACAACUCGAUCGUAGCAACGCCGAGUUUGGACUUCUCUAUCCGCUCGAAGAUUCCACUUCCAUCAUGGCACAAGCUGACAACGACGAGUCGAUUCACUUCAAGGCUUCCUGGGUGCUCGCAAUUUGCACACGAUCAAGUGGUCAAGGCGGUGCAGCAUUGAAGGAGAGCACGGCCGGUUGCAUCCAACUUGAGGAAGACGCAACAACUGUCGAGGCUCUUCUGAUGGAGAUAUAUGGGGUCCAGAACACCAACACUGGCUCGGUCUUUACUACCUUCGCACUUGAACCGACCAUCAAGAAAGAGGCUACCAUGAACACGCUACUGUCGCUCUUCGUUGCAGCGGACAAAUAUGGUCUUGAUACCAUCAAGCGUCGCGCUGCAUGCGCCUUUCUCGACCGCCUCCCCUUCCUGCACGAUGCUGGGCUCAUUAUGGAUCUGGCAAAUUUCGCGCUCGACGACAUUCCGGAGCGAGACUGCGGCUUGCGCGCAAGCAUCAUCCGAUAUGUCCAAGCACGGCUGCCUGCCAUCCUGCGAAGCCCCGAGGCCGAGGAGGAACUGAUGCAAAAUGCCAUCGUAUGCUUAGCCGUGCUGCGCAGCUUCUCAAAAAUGAUCGAGGAGGGAGCGUUGACUGUCGGUACGAAGUCGAGCUCAGGGCUUCUGACGCCGCCAGCUUCGCCUAUCAAGCGGAGGAAGUUCGCUUAG